CUAUGAAUCUAAGCGGACAAAUCCUGAUUUCUUAUUUCUUACAUGAAAAAGGAAAAUGAAAAAUAAGAAAAAUAAAAAAAAAUCCAGAUUUCUUCUAUAUUCGUGUCAACAACUGCCUCAUUUUCUCCGCCCCGUCCAGUCUUCCAACUGUAUCGCACUUGCGUCUCUCUCUCUCUCUCUCUCUCUCUUUUUAAGCAGCCGCUUUGUCAUUUCCAUUCUAUGCCUCGAAUGGCGGCGGCUUCUUUAAUAACUCGAUCACGGACGACUCAUCUUCCUCGCCACCUCACCUGUAAAGCUUCGCCGUCCGACCACACGCCCAGAAAAUUCAUAACCAUCCCCGAACCUUUUUCAAAACGGCGUCGUGGCCGUCCGGUUAUCGCCUCUCUACGCGAAGACGGCACCGGCACCGGCAACAACCGCUCCGUUGGUCGAGCUCUCGAAAUGCAGGGCGUGUUGGAGGACUUUCCUUACGACGUCGUAUCUAAGGAUUUGCAGACUCUUCCAAUGCCUUUAUCUUCGACCCAGUCCUCCAAUUCGGUGUCCGAUGAGCCUCGACUUCGUGUUGCAUACCAGGGGGUUCGUGGCGCAUACAGUGAAUCGGCUGCAGAAAAGGCGUACCCUAAUUGUGAAGCGGUGCCUUGCGAACAAUUCGAUACUGCUUUUGAAGCUGUUGAGCGGUGGCUUGUGGACAGAGCAGUUCUACCGAUUGAGAAUUCAUUAGGUGGAAGCAUCCACAGAAAUUAUGAUCUUUUACUCCGGCACAGGUUACAUAUUGUAGGGGAAGUGAAAUUUGCAGUUCGGCAUUGCUUACUAGCCAAUCAUGGUGUUAAGCUUGAAGACUUGAAAAGGGUUCUUAGUCAUCCACAGGCUCUGGCUCAAUGUGAGAACACAUUAACAAGGUUUGGUUUGGUCAGAGAAGCCGUGGAUGAUACUGCUGGUGCAGCGAAGCAUGUUGCUUUCAACAAUCUAAAAGACGUAGGAGCAGUUGCUAGCUCAGCUGCUGGAAUGAUUUAUGGUUUGGAUAUACUUGCACAAGAUAUUCAGGAUGAUUGCGAUAACGUUACACGGUUUUUAAUGCUGGCAAGAGAACCUAUUAUUCCAGGGACAGAUAGGCCAUUCAAGACAAGUAUAGUAUUUUCACUAGAGGAAGGCCCUGGAGUCCUUUUCAAGGCACUUGCUUGUUUUGCUCUUCGUGAAAUCAACCUUACAAAGAUUGAAAGCCGUCCCUUGCGGAAACAGCCCUUGAGAGCAUCUGAUGACAAUAGCAAUGGGUUCCCAAAAUACUUUGAUUAUCUUUUCUAUGUGGAUUUUGAAGCAUCUAUGGCUGACCAGCAAGCGCAGAAUGCCCUUAGAAAUCUAAAGGAGGUAGCUACAUUCUUGCGGGUGCUCGGAAGUUACCCGGUUGACACAAGUAUGAUAUGAGACCUGUAUAUCUGUGCGUAGUUUAUUUUGAGCUGUUGUGCUUUUUCCCUUUUAUAUGGAGAUCGGCUUGCUGAAACUGGGAUAAUGGAGGAAUACUCGGCUGAUUAGUUUCUAGCGCAGGUUUUUUCUCUUGCUUUAUUCUUUAUGCUCAAGAGAAGUGGUCAAGUAACACAAAAUGCUUUAAGAGUAGCUUGUGAGUUGCAUAUGUUGGUUAUUUUCCCACUUGGUUGAUGUUUUGGCCUUUUUCUCUCGGUAUUUUUUCAUGUAAUUAGUAGAACCAGUUGAUUAAUGAUUAAAAGUUUUUGUUUUUUGUUUUUA